AAAGACUCACUCUCACAUAAGCAACUCUGUAGCAUGAUGUUCUUGAAGAGGAUGUCGCAGCUAUGCUUCAAACCAACUCCUUUUCUUCUGUUCUUCCUAGGUUUCUACGUCGCACUCUCUACUCCGGAGGAUCCCAUCAACUGCUCCUCACACAACACAAACUGCACCAUCACUAACUCCUAUGGUACAUUCCCUGAUCGAAGCAUCUGUCAAGCACAAAAGGUGUUUUACCCUACACAAGAAGAAGAUCUUCUCAGAGUGGUUGCAUCAGCCACUCGAAACGGAAACAAGAUGAAAGUUGCCACCCGUUUCUCCCACAGCAUCCCCAAGUGGGUGUGCCCUGAAGGUCACAAUGGGUGGCUAAUAAGCACCAAAUAUCUCAACAGGGUAAUGGAGAUUGACGCCGAGAAAAGGACGGCAAGGGUGCAGAGUGGCGUGACGUUGAAGCAGCUGGUGGAGGAGGCUGCGAAGGCGGGCUUGGCCUUGCCGUACACGCCGUACUGGUGGGGUUUGACGAUGGGUGGCAUUUUGGGGACAGGAGCUCACGGAAGCAGCUUGUGGGGAAAAGGAAGUGCGGUUCAUGAACAGGUGGUGGAGAUUAGAAUUGUUACGCCUGCACCUUCUGAACAUGGAUAUGCCAAGCUUCAUAUUCUAACAGAAGAAGAUCAACAUCUCAAUGCAGCAAAAGUCUCACUCGGCUUGCUUGGGGUCAUUUCACAGAUUACUUUCAAACUUGAACCUCUGUUCAAGCGAUCCAUCACAUAUGUUACAGAAAACGAUUCAAAUUUGGAGAACCAAGUCAUAACAUUUGGACAAGAACAUGAAUUUGCAGAUAUAAUUUGGUACCCAACUCAACACAAGGCUGUAUAUCGUGUUGAUGAUCGUGUUUCAAUUCAUACAUCAGGUGAUGCUGUUUACGAUUUCAUCCCUUUCCGUUCCACUCCUGCAACUCAAUUACAACUCCUCAGAACCACAGAGGAAGCUGUGGAGUUUACUGGUGAUGCAAAGGGGAAAUGCUUAGUUGCAAAGACAGCAACCAAUGCCCUUAUAGCCACUGCUUAUGGACUAACUAACAAUGGUUUAGUCUUCUCUGGAUUCCCUGUAGUUGGAUUUCAUAACCACAUUCAGGCUUCUGGGUCAUGCCUGGGCAGUGAUAGGAAUACAAAGAUGACAACAUUCUGUCCCUGGGACUCUAGAAUCAAAGGAGAGUUCUUUCACCAAACGGCAUUUAGUAUUGGGUUGUCUGUGGUAAAGAACUUUAUUGAAGAUUUGAAAAAGCUGGUUGAAAUGGAACCAAAGGCAUUUUGUGGCAUAGAGAUGUACAACGGGAUUCUGAUGCGUUAUGUGAAGGGUUCAAGUGCAUACCUAGGGAAACAAGAGGAUGGCGUAGACUUUGAUAUCACAUACUACCGUAGCAAAGACCCAAUGGCUCCUAGGCUGUACGAAGACAUUAUUGAAGAGGUUGAGCAGAUAGGGAUUUUCAAAUAUGGAGGUUUACCACAUUGGGGUAAGAACAGGAAUGUGGCAUUUGAAGGAGUGAUGAACAAGUACAAAAAUGCAGAGAAGUUUCUGAAGGUGAAAGAUGAGUAUGAUCCAGAAAGGCUAUUCUCCAGCGAGUGGACAGACCAAGUUCUUGGUAUGAAAGAAGGGUUGAUGGUAUCAAAGGAUGGGUGUGCAUUAGAAGGUCUGUGCAUAUGCUCCAAUCACAACCAUUGUGCACCAACCAAAGGCUACUUUUGCAGACCAGGCAAAGUCUACAAAGAAGCAAAGGUUUGUGCUGGUUCAGGAUCUUAAGAUGCAACAAGUUUCAAAAGACUUUCAACAAACAACCUAUCUGCAUAGUUUAAGAGAAAUAAAUAAAAGGAGAUAUAUAAUAAUAAACGUGGAGUGGCCAAUCUCUCAGCAGACCCAUUACGCAAAGAAACUUUAUAUGUUAACCAUCAACCUUGAACAGUUCAAAAUAGAUCAUUUGCUUACUUGUCACUGUGACAUGUUGUUAUAUAUUAUAUAUGGGGAAUUAAAGAAGAGCAAGUAGAUUAAUAUUCAA